CAAGUGAUAACAGAACUUGAUAAGAGGAUGAAAUGAAUUUUUACAAUAAUAUAACUUAACAUAAAAAUGUGACCAUUUUAUAUAAAUGUGCCUGUUCACUUCCUAAUGGCAUGUAUUAUAUUAUGACAGACUGUGCAAAUUAUUCAAUUAUAAAUAUAUUUUAACCUAUAACAUGUAAACAGAGAUGUGGAUUCCAUAUUAUUUACAAUUUCUUAUUUACUGUUUAGGAGUAAAUGUCUUUUUGUUUUUCAUCAGCAUUCUUUACUAUCACGAUGUGAUAUUGUCUAAUUUCAAUACCAAUUUGCAAGAAGAGUAUGAUUAUGUUAUUGUUGGUGCCGGGACAGCCGGUUCGCUAAUUGCUCAUAGAAUAGCAACGGAAACCAACUUAACAUUUGUGGUCCUAGAGGCAGGUGGACGGAGCUAUCCAUUACUUGAUAUACCUUUUCUUGGACCACUCCUACAUGGAUCAAUUUAUGAUUGGCAAUAUGAGACCACUCCUCAAGAAAAUGCUUGUUUUGCUAUGGUUGAUAAGAAAUGCAAAUUAACACAAGGUAAAAUUGUUGGGGGAUCAUCUAAGUUAAACAACAUGAUCCAUGUGCGCGGCAACAUGUCACAUUAUGUUAAAUGGUUCCACGGGAAAUACAAUGAAGAUUUUUUUAAGAAACAUCUAGAAUAUAUCGAAAAUAAUAUUUUUCAUCUUAAUGAAAUACAAUACCAAAGUGAAUUAGCAGAUGCUGUUUUAAAUGCUGUAAAAGAACUGGAAUUAAAAGAAAAUUAUCAAUAUUUCAGCAAAACCUUUCAAAAGAGUAAGGUCACACAGAAAGAUGGCAAAAGAUGGUCAAGUUCAGACAAUGUAGAUAACAGACAUAUAGUAACGAAUGCUUUAGUUGAAAAAAUUAUUUUAGUUAACGGUGUUGCUUCCGGAGUCAAUGUACACAUAUCUGAAAAAAAAUAUAAAAUAUAUGCAAGAAAAGGUGUUAUACUAUCCGCAGGAACUUUAAAUUCACCUAAUAUUCUUCAAUUAUCUGGUAUAGGACCUGCUGAAUUGCUCAAAUCUUUAGAAAUUCCGAUAAUACAAGAUUUGCCUGUAGGUCUAAAUCUACAAGAUCAUAUAGGUUCUGGAUUAGAUUUGAUACAAUUUAAUCGAACAUUGUCUAUUAAUGCGGCAAAUAUGUUGAACCCUUUAAAUUUGUAUUAUUAUUUACAAGGUAAAGGACCAUGGACAACACCUGGAUGUGAAGUUAUAGGUUUUUAUUCAACUAAUAAUUCAAAAAGCCCAGAUAUUCAAGUUAUGAUUCUACCCGUAGGUAUAAUUUCAGAUAGGGGUAGCCAUUUGAGAAAAUCUUUAAGUAUUACAGAUGAAAUAUGGCAAGAAUAUUUUACGAAAUCAUUCAAUAAACAUACUUCGACUUUUUUUACUACAAUUUUGCAUCCUAAAAGCAAAGGUACUGUAUAUAUUAAAAGUAAAAACCCUGCAAUAUCUCCAGUAAUUAACCCUAGAUACUUAAGUGAGAAAGAAGACAUUGAUGUUUUAAUUGCAGGAAUUAAAUCGAUAGUAAAAUUAAUUAAGACUGAUUCUAUAAGAAAUUUAGGGGCUCACUUAAAUACAGAUCAUUUUCCUGGAUGUGAACAAUAUCAAUUCUUUUCUGAUAGUUACCUGCAAUGUUAUGUAAGACAUUUAACUUUAACAAGUUAUCAUCCUGUAGGAACAUGCAGUAUGGGAUUGCCAGAAUCAAAAAAUACAGUUGUUGACACAUCAUUUAAAGUGUUAAAUGUCAAAAAUCUGUAUGUUGUCGAUGGUUCAGUGUUGCCAACAUUACCGAGUGGCAAUAUAAAUGCGGCCAUUGCUAUGAUGGCUAAUAUUUUCUUUGAAAUAAAUAUAAAAUCUUGUAAUAUAGACAGUUCCUUGCAGUGCCAUAAAUAUAGUGAAAUCAAUAACUAUAUAUUUAGAGUAUGUAGUGUUAUGUAGACUGCAAAUUUCAACUCGCAACAGUUCCCUUGCUUUUCCAAACAGUAUAAAGGGAAUUUCUCAAUAUAAGAACCUUGUGUAACUAAAUGAAAAAAUGGUUUUAAAAUAAAAUAAAAUAAAAUGCAAUUAGACAAUAGAUACUUUAUUUAUUGUAUUUAUUUAAGGUCACUUCUACACAUCAAUAUUGCGCACAGUAUACUUUGAGCUUUUUGAAAACAACACUUGUUACUUAGAUAAUACUAUUCUACAGAACAAAAACACAAAAAUUAUAGAUUUUAUGUGAUGCCAUAUUAAAUGUCUAUAUCUAUGUCUACGAAGAUUGUUUUUGUCUAUGACUGCAUCAAAAGAUUUAAGUGUUAUUUACAUUAGUGAUUUUUAUCUGUACUAAAAAUAUAUUUUUUAAAUUAAAGAGUGACAACACUGUAUUGCUAAUUCAGAUAAUCCUAUAAUUAUA